GUGCACUGGGCACCUGAAACCGUCUAACGGGACUCCGGCGCCCCCCACCCCAACCGGCGCGCACGCGCAGCGGAGCCCGAGCCGCCCGCAGCGGGGGGAGGAGUGGGGGGGCAGAAGAUGGCGGAGGGUCGGCAGCGGCGGCAGUGAGCAGUGAGCGAGCAGCGGCUGAAUCAUCCUAUCCUGCCUCCGUGUGUAUGUGUGUGAAAUAAAACCGCAGACCGGCACCGUGACAGGGGCCGGCUAGCGACAGCAUCCCACCCCCUUCUUUCUCGUAGAUUAUUGUUAUUUCUUGCUCUCCUUGAGGGGAAAUUGAAUUGAGUCACAGUCAGGUGAUAUUUUUUUAAUUUCCAGAAUAUUUCCCCCUCCGUCGCACCUUCCCCCAUACAAGCUCUCCAUCAUUUUAGUUUCGCGUGUGUGUGGAGGAGGAGGAGGAGGAGAGAUGGCGAGCGAGAAGCCGGCGGCGGGAGGAGGAGGAGGAGGAGGAGGCGGCCCGGAGCUCGGCACCAGGCUGCGGCCGGCGGUACCGGCCCCGGGAGGAGGAGGAGGAGGAGCGGCGGCGGCGGCGGCGGCCGGUGAGGGGGUGGGCUCCGUCGUCUCCCUGUCUGGCAUCAACCCGUCCGUACCCAUCAGGAACAUCAAGAUGAAAUUCGCCGUUGUCAUCGGGCUGAUCCAGGUCGGGGAGGUCAGCAACAGGGACAUCGUGGAGACGGUGCUCAACCUGCUGGUUGGCGGAGAGUUUGAUUUGGAAAUUAACUUCAUAAUUCAGGAUGCAGAGAGUAUUGCGUGCAUGAUUGAACUUCUUGAACACUGUGAUGUCACCUGCCAGGCAGAGAUUUGGAGUAUGUUCACAGCUAUACUACGCAAGAGUGUGCGCAACCUUCAGGCCAGCACAGAGGUUGGUCUCAUUGAGCAAGUGCUACUGAAGAUGAGCAAAGUGGAUGACAUGAUAGCAGAUCUGCUGGUUGACAUGUUGGGUGUUCUAGCGAGUUAUAGUAUUACGGUCAAGGAACUCAAACUGCUUUUCAGCAUGUUGCGUGGAGAAAGUGGAUUCUGGCCAAGACAUGCAGUUAAAUUGCUGUCAAUUCUGAAUCAGAUGCCACAAAGACAAGGCCCGGAUACAUUUUUUAACUUCCCUGGACGAAGUGCAGCAGCCAUUGCUUUGCCUCCAAUUGCUAAGUGGCCUUAUCAAAGUGGUUUUACGUUAAAUACCUGGUUUCGCAUGGAUCCACUGAAUAAUAUAAAUGUGGACAAGGACAAGCCAUAUCUCUAUUGUUUUCGAACAAGCAAAGGAGUUGGCUAUUCAGCACAUUUUGUUGGAAAUUGUUUGAUUGUGACAUCGUUGAAGUCAAAAGGAAAAGGUUUCCAGCAUUGUGUGAAGUAUGAUUUUCAACCUAGAAAGUGGUAUAUGAUCAGCAUUGUGCACAUCUACAAUCGUUGGAGGAAUAGUGAGAUUCGUUGUUAUGUCAAUGGUCAGCUAGUUUCCUACGGAGAUAUGGCUUGGCAUGUCAAUACCAAUGAUAGCUUUGACAAAUGCUUUCUGGGAUCUUCAGAAACUGCAGAUGCAAAUAGAGUAUUCUGUGGGCAGCUUGGAGCAGUCUAUGUAUUUACAGAGGCACUUAACCCAGCACAGAUAUUUGCAAUACAUCAGUUGGGACCAGGAUACAAGAGUACCUUUAAAUUUAAGUCAGAGAGUGACAUCCACCUUGCUGAACAUCACAAGCAAGUAUUGUAUGAUGGGAAGCUGGCUAACAGUAUUGCUUUCACGUAUAAUGCCAAAGCAACUGAUGCACAACUCUGCCUUGAGUCAUCACCAAAGGAAAACCCUUCAAUUUUUGUACAUUCUCCACAUGCACUAAUGUUGCAGGAUGUAAAAGCAAUUGUGACGCAUUCGAUCCACAGCGCAAUCCAUUCUGUCGGUGGUAUUCAGGUUCUUUUCCCACUCUUUGCACAGUUGGACUGCCAACAGCCAAAUGACGCUCAAGUAGAGACUACAGUCUGUGCAACCCUUUUGGCGUUUCUGGUUGACUUGCUGAAGAGCUCAGUAGCCAUGCAAGAGCAAAUGUUGGGUGGAAAAGGAUUUUUAGUAAUCGGUUACCUCUUGGAAAAGUCAUCUAGAAUCCACAUAACACGUGCUGUCCUUGAACAGUUUUUGUCCUUCGCUAAAUACCUGGAUGGCUUGACCCAUGGAGCACCUUUAUUAAAACAGUUGUGUGAUCAUAUUCUGUUUAAUCCUGCUAUUUGGAUUCAUACUCCCGCAAAGGUACAGCUUUCGCUAUAUACUUAUUUGUCUGCUGAAUUCAUUGGUACAGCUACUAUCUACAGUACUAUCCGUAGAGUGGGCACUGUACUGCAGCUAAUGCACACUCUGAAGUAUUACUACUGGGUGAUUAAUCCAACGGAUUGCAGUGGUAUCUCUUCCAAGGGCCAAGAUGGUCCUCGUCCAACUCAGAAAGAAAUUAUUUCAUUGCGGGCUUUUAUGCUGCUAUUUUUGAAGCAACUAAUCUUGAAGGAUCGUGGUGUCAAGGAAGAUGAACUUCAGAGUAUUCUGAACUAUCUGUUGACCAUGCACGAGGAUGAAAACAUUCACGAUGUUCUGCAAUUGCUGGUUGCAUUGAUGUCAGAGCACCCUGCAUCCAUGAUCCCUGCUUUUGAUCAACGAAAUGGAAUACGGGUUAUUUACAAAUUGCUGGCAUCUAAAAGUGAAAGCAUCCGUGUCCAAGCGCUAAAGGUUCUGGGAUACUUCCUCAAGCAUCUUGGUCAUAAAAGGAAAGUGGAGAUCAUGCACACCCACAGCCUGUUCACCUUGCUUGGGGAAAGACUAAUGCUUCACGCCAAUACUCUGACUAUAACAACAUACAACACACUUUAUGAGAUUUUAACUGAACAAGUGUGCACUCAAGUUGUUCACAAGCCUCAUCUGGAACCAGACUCAGCAGUAAAGAUUCAAAAUCCAAUGAUUCUCAAGGUGGUUGCCACUUUGUUGAAGAAUUCAACCCCAAGCACCGAACUGAUGGAAGUUCGGCGACUGUUUUUAUCAGAUAUGAUAAAGCUGUUCAGUAAUAGCCGGGAAAAUAGAAGAUGCCUCUUGCAGUGUUCAGUCUGGCAAGACUGGAUGUUCUCUCUUGGAUAUAUAAAUCCAAAGUGUUCAGAUGAACAGAAAAUUACUGAGAUGGUGUACAACAUUUUCCGUAUCCUUCUAUACCAUGCCAUUAAAUAUGAGUGGGGCGGCUGGCGUGUUUGGGUCGAUACUCUGUCAAUAGCACAUUCCAAGGUCACAUAUGAAGCUCACAAAGAAUAUUUGGCCAAGAUGUAUGAAGAAUAUCAAAGACAAGAAGAAGAAAACAUCAAAAAAGGGAAAAAAGGAAGCGUUAGUACAAUCUCCGGCCUGUCAUCUCAAGUAGUUGGAUCUAAAGGAGGCAUAGAGAUCAGAGAAAUCGAAGAUGCUUGCCAAAUUCAGAGCCCAGAGAGUGAAAUAGAUUACUCUGUCAAUACAGACUCUAAAAAUCUCUUAAUUGAAGCAAGAGUGUCUGGUAAUGGAGCAGAUAGUUCAGGCAGAUCAACAACUGGAGUUCAUGUGGAGGUUCAUGAUCUCUUGGUGGAUAUCAAAGCUGAAAAGGUAGAUGCCACUGAAGUGAAGCUGGAUGAUCUGGAUCUGUCUCCUGAGACGUUGGUAGCAGCAGAGAGUUGUAAUCUGGUGGAAGUAGAAUCACUGUUGGACAAUGUGUAUACCUCUGCUGUUGAGAAACUUCAGAGCAAUAUCACCAGCAGCUCCAUGCCACAACAAAGGGAACAAAGAGACAGUGGUCCUUUGAUAUCUUUAGUAGAUGAAAAAGACGAAGAGCCAGUUAAUUGUACUUCAUUUAGUUUUGAUAAAGCAGCAAACCAUCAAGAAAAGCUAUUGCCUGAACUGCCAUCUGCUGAUAAUCUUUCUGUUGCAAAUGUAUCGGAGAAUCAAAUUCACACCAGUGCUACCGAUAACCUGGGGCUGUUGGCUCACAUGACGAGUAAUUCAGACAAUACUAGUCCAAAACCUAUAACUGAAGAUAAGAAAUUUAAAAUCUCAACCAAUCUGGAAGAAAUGUGUAUCUUGACUGAAGCAGAAGGAAUUGUUCCAAAAGUAUACGCUGAAAUGAUUGGUACACCAAUUGAUUCAGAACUAUCUUUGAAAAAGUCUAUUGGUAAUUUAGAUGCUUCCAGCAUGAUAUCCGACACUGACAGAUCAGAUGAUGGAAAAGAAGCAGGGAAAGAAAUUAAAAAGAUUCAAACCACUGCAACAACCCAGGCUGUUCAAGGGCGAGCAAGUGGAUUACAAGAAAGGGAUCUACGUGUCGAUCUGGGUUUCCGAGGAAUGCCGAUGACCGAGGAACAGCGCCGGCAGUUUAGUCCAGGGCCACGCACCACAAUGUUUCGCAUCCCUGAAUUUAAGUGGUCUCCAAUGCAUCAACGCCUGCUGACAGAUCUGCUUUUUGCUUUGGAAACGGAUGUACAUGUUUGGCGGAGUCAUAGUACAAAGUCGGUGAUGGAUUUUGUGAAUAGCAAUGAGAAUAUUAUUUUUGUACACAAUACAAUUCACCUCAUUUCUCAGAUGGUAGACAACAUCAUCAUUGCUUGUGGUGGAAUUUUGCCUUUGUUGUCAGCGGCUACAUCCCCCACGGGUUCUAAGACUGAACUGGAGAAUAUUGAGGCAACCCAAGGAAUGUCAACCGAGACAGCAGUAACAUUUUUAAAUAGGUUAAUGGCCAUGGUUGAUGUGUUGGUCUUUUCAAGCUCACUCAACUUUAGUGAGAUCGAAGCAGAAAAAAAUAUGUCAUCUGGAGGUUUAAUGCGUCAGUGCCUGAGGCUUGUUUGCUGUGUUGCUGUUAGAAAUUGCCUGGAAUGCCGACAGAGACAAAGGGACCGGUUGACCAAAAUCUCACUGGCUAGCAAUAAAGUGCAUGAAAAUCUUCAAAGUGUAACAGGAUCCAAGACUGGUGUUGAAAAUAUCAUUGGCAACCAUUCUCCUAUUAAAGACCCUGACAGAUUACUGCAAGACGUGGACAUUAAUCGUUUACGGGCUGUUGUCUUUCGUGAUGUGGAUGACAGUAAACAGGCUCAGUUUCUGGCUUUGGCCGUUGUAUACUUUAUCUCCGUGCUCAUGGUCUCAAAAUACAGAGACAUACUGGAACCGCAACGUGAAAUUGCAAGAUGUGGAAGUCAGAUAAAUCGAAAUAUUCGUCAGGAAAUAAACUCACCAACAAGUACAGAGAACCCUGUUACCUUCCCUGAGAACAGCAAAGAAAAAGAGAUCCUCACACCAAUUGAAGAUGUGCAGGUUGAAAGCUGUAUUCCACAUACUGACUCGGGCAUUGGAGAGGAGCAAUUAGCUGGUCUCAUGAAUGGUUCUGAUUUGGAACUAGUUGCUAGGUCAGAUGCAGUGAGUGAACUUCUAUCAUCCUUGUCCUCUGAAGUAAAGAAAUCGGAAGAAUGUUUGUCUGAAGCUCAAAUUGAAGUGCUGAAGCCCCCCUCGUCAAUAUCAAGUAUCAGCCAAGGGAAAGGCAUGAACGUGAAGGAGAUUCUGAAAAGCCUGGUUGCAGCACCCAUGGAAGCUGCAGAAUCUGGGCCUGAACCUGUAUCGUAUCCUGACCCCACUGUGAAAAGAGAAGCACAACCUAUUCUUCCCAUGCAGUUCCAUUCCUUUGACAGGAGCGUUGUUGUUCCAGUGAAGAAACCUCCGCCAGGAAGUCUGGCCAUCAAUACUGUUGGUGGCACUGGCUCUGCCAAUCUUGUCACUGGGAGUGCAACAAACAUCAUUUCUCCUGCAGCGGCCACACCAAAAAGUAUGAUAAAUACCACAGGUGCAGCCGAGGCCGCCUCAAGUUCUUCCUCCUCUUCCUCCUCCAGUUUUGUGAAUGGUGUCACCAGUAAGAAUCUGCCUGCAGUGCAGACUAUUGCUCCAAUGCCAGAAGAUUCAGCUGAGAGCUUGAGCAUCACAGCAAAACUAGAACGAGCCCUUGAAAAGGUUGCUCCACUGUUACGCGAGAUCUUUGUGGAUUUUGCUCCAUUCCUUUCAAGAACUCUGCUUGGCAGCCAUGGCCAAGAAUUGUUGAUCGAAGGCCUGGUGUGUAUGAAGUCUAGUACCUCUGUUGUGGAACUGGUUAUGCUACUGUGUUCACAGGAAUGGCAGAAUUCUAUUCAGAAGAAUGCAGGACUGGCAUUUAUUGAGCUCAUUAAUGAAGGAAGGUUACUGUGUCAUGCAAUGAAGGACCACAUAGUGAGAGUGGCAAACGAGGCAGAGUUCAUUUUGAACAGACAGCGAGCAGAAGAUGUACAUAAGCAUGCAGAAUUUGAGUCCCAGUGUGCACAGUAUACGGCGGACAGAAGGGAAGAGGAGAAGAUGUGUGAUCAUCUCAUUAGUGCUGCAAAGCAUCGUGAUCAUGUUACAGCGAACCAGUUAAAGCAAAAAAUCCUCAACAUUCUUACAAACAAGCAUGGUGCAUGGGGCGCCAUCUCUCAGAGUCAGCAACAUGAUUUUUGGCGCCUGGACUAUUGGGAAGAUGACUUGCGUCGCAGACGCAGAUUCAUUCGGAAUGCCUUUGGUUCGAUACACCCUGAAGUCCUACUGAAAUCUGCAGAAGACUAUGUUGCAGACGAGGACAUUAUAAAGUCGAAGAAAACUUUCCGGGCGCAGACCGUUGUAAAUCAGAACGCCGAAACCGAGUUAAUGUUGGAAGGAGAUGACGAUACUGUCAGCUUGCUGCAAGAGAAAGAGAUCGACAAUCUAGCAGGCCCCGUUGUUCUCAGUACCCCAGCCCAACUAGUGGCUCCGGUGAUAGUUGCUAAAGGAACCCUAUCCAUCACUACCACUGAAAUCUAUUUCGAGGUCGACGAAGAUGAUCAUGGAUUUAAAAAAAUCGACCCAAAGGUCCUUGCUUACACAGAGGGUUUGCAUGGAAAAUGGAUGUUCAGCGAAAUACGGGCUGUUUUUUCAAGACGGCAUCUCCUCCAGAACACAGCGCUGGAAGUUUUCAUGGCCAACAGAACGUCUGUGAUGUUUAAUUUCCCCGACCAAGCUACAGUGAAGAAGGCUGUAUAUAGUUUACCUCGUGUUGGAGUUGGCACCAGUUAUGGUUUGCCACAGGCCAGGAGAAUAUCAUUGGCAAGCCCUCGUCAGCUUUUUAAAUCCUCCAACAUGACACAACGUUGGCAAAGACGGGAGAUUUCAAACUUUGAAUACUUGAUGUUCCUCAACACAGUGGCAGGGCGGACGUACAAUGAUUUAAACCAGUACCCGGUGUUUCCGUGGGUUAUUACGAAUUAUGAGUCUGAGGAGCUGGACCUGACCCUACCAGGCAACUUCCGGGACCUAUCAAAGCCGAUUGGAUCUUUGAACCCAAAGCGAGCUGUCUUUUAUGCUGAGCGCUAUGAGACAUGGGAGGAUGAUCAAGUUCCACCUUACCACUACAAUACCCACUAUUCAACAGCAUCUACCACACUAUCCUGGCUUGUCAGAAUUGAGCCGUUUACCACAUUUUCCCUCAAUACCAAUGAAGGAAAAUUUGAUUAUCCGGAGCGAACGUUUUCCUCCAUUGCAAAGUCUUGGAGGAAUUGUCAGAGAGACACUUCAGAUGUGAAGGAGCUAAUUCCAGAAUUCUACUAUUUGCCCGAAAUGUUUGUGAACAGUAAUAAUUACAACCUCGGCAUCCGAGAGGAUGGAACAGUUGUUUCUGACGUUGAGCUGCCGCCAUGGGCAAAGAAGCCAGAGGAUUUUGUCCGCAUUAACAGAAUGGCUCUGGAAAGUGAAUUUGUGUCUUGCCAACUACAUCAAUGGAUUGACCUUAUUUUUGGCUACAAACAGCGAGGCCCAGAGGCAUUGCGGGCUCUCAAUGUUUUUCACUAUCUGACCUACGAGGGCUCCGUCAAUCUUGACAGCAUCACCGAUUCCGGUCUGCGAGAGAUCGCCGAGACUUGUUGUGUUAAAGAUCCCUAUACCUUUCUCCUUACAUCGGAGCUUGUAAAGGCCAUGGAGGUACACAUACAGAACCUUGGACAAAUGCCAUCCCAGUUGCUUAUUGAGCCACAUCCACCCCGCAGCUCGGCCAUGCACCUGUGUUUCCUUCCACAGAGCCCACUCAUGUUUAAGGAUCAGAUGCAGCAAGAUGUUAUAAUGGUGCUAAAAUUCCCAUCCAACUCCCCUGUUACUCAUGUGGCAGCCAACACAUUGCCUCACCUCAGCACCCCUGCAGUGGUCACUGUGACCUGUAGCAGGCUGUUUGCAGUGAAUAGGUGGCAUAACACUGUAGGUUUGCGGGGAGCUCCGGGAUACUCUCUGGAACAGGCUCAUCAUUUGCCAAUUGAAAUGGAUCCAUUGAUUGCCAAUAACGCCGGUGUGAACAAGAGGCAGAUCACGGACCUUGUGGAUCAGAGCAUCCAGAUUAAUGCUCACUGCUUUGUUGUGACAGCAGAUAAUCGCUACAUCCUUGUCUGUGGAUUCUGGGACAAAAGUUUUCGUGUGUACUCAACCGAAACAGGAAAAUUAACACAGAUUGUGUUUGGACACUGGGAUGUGGUCACGUGUUUGGCCAGAUCAGAAUCAUACAUUGGUGGUGAUUGUUAUAUUGUAUCGGGUUCCCGUGACGCCACACUCCUGCUCUGGUAUUGGAGUGGCCGACAUCACAUCAUUGGAGACAAUCCCAACAAUAGUGAUUACCCUGCACCGCGAGCAGUGUUGACCGGACAUGACCAUGAGGUGGUGUCUGUAUCUGUGUGUGCCGAACUGGGCCUUGUCAUCAGUGGGGCGAGAGAAGGCCCAUGCCUGGUGCACACCAUCACAGGAGACCUGCUCAGAGCCUUGGAGGGCCCCGAGAACUGUAUCUACCCGCGACUCAUCUCUGUGUCCAGCGAAGGCCACUGUAUCAUCUACUAUGAACGAGGAAGGUUCUGUAACUUUAGCAUCAACGGCAAGUUGUUAGGGCAGAUGGAGACCAAUGACUCAACAAGAGCCUUACUUCUCAGCAGCGAUGGACAGAACCUGGUAACGGGUGGUGAUAAUGGUGUGGUGGAAGUCUGGCAAGCCUGUGACUUCAAACAACUCUAUAUUUACCCAGGAUGUGAUGCAGGUGUCAGAGCUAUGGAUCUCUCUCACGAUCAAAGGACAUUGAUAACCGGCAUGGCUUCGGGCAGCAUCGUAGCUUUUAACAUAGACUUCAACCGGUGGCACUACGAACAUCAGAACAGAUACUGAGCACACGUGAAGGAUAGGGUGAGGAGUGGUCUGCUGUCCCAGCUGAGACCACGAGUCGGGUGCAGGUAUUGGAAUGUAGUGCCCUCUGUUCUGCCCACUGUUACACAUUCCAUUACAUCCAGCAAUAGCUGUGCAUCCUAUUCUGUUCAUGUGGAAGCAAUCACAAUAAUUUUGUUUUCUUUCCUCCUAUCACUGAACACCAGCUUUAUCAAGAAAAAAAACCUCCUUAAUUUAUUAAUCAUUGAUAUGAUGGACAAUAUUAAUGUUGCGUAAUUAAUAUUUCUAACUAAUUCUAUCGACAAAAGUAUGUCAGGGACAAGUUUCUGAGUGUAUUCUGUUAUUCAUAUCCUUCACACUAAGCGAAGGCCUUUUAAAAAGAAAAAUAGCGACCGUCUUCUCCAUUUUAUCUAGUAUAAAGUAUUACGUUAAUAGCUUUGAUAAAAAUAAAAUACCCAAGGUGGAUGUUUCUCAUCCAGUUUGCAGUUCCAUUGCACACAAGCUAUAAAGCCAGCAUCCCAGUCAUAAGGUAAAACUCUCGCACUUGGUAGAACGUACUGGACAUUGAUUGGGCCUAACUUGGCGUAUAAUUUUACAGUGCAGCAUUCCCCAUUCUGUCCUGCACAACCAAUUUACAAACACAGUCUGGUUUCUAGGCCCUGUUUGCACAACUUCAUGAGAUAAACAUUGUCUCUUUAGCUUCAAACUACUUUUUCUGCUUUCAAUGUAAGUCACGAGAAUUAAUGUACCAUGCAUUUGUUUCCAGAGGUAAAAUUAGUUGCUUCUGGCGUAUAACUCUAAUUAAAUAUAUGCGGGGAUUAAAAAUCACCUCAUUUUGUUUAUUUUUUUUGUAUAAUUGGUGUCUGUUUUGUCGAAAGUCAUAGAUGUACAUACUACGUUGGUAGGGCUGAGAGGCAUGUAGCAGGAAUGUAGUUUUCUGGGAAAUUACACCCACACUGUUUAUUUAAAAAGAAAAGUUGGAUUCUUUGUAUUGGCACUUUGCACCAGAAACAUCAUUAUUUAUUGCUGUGAUUAUUGAUUUGUCAUCCACACUGUAAUAGUAAAUUUUAGCACUGAUCUAUUUACUUGCUGUUUGUAUUUAAACAAUUAAAACCAUGGAGAAAGUCUGACUGCGUGACUAUUAAGUUGUACAUCUCAUGUGAGCAAUAUUAUGAGUUUUUAGUCUAGAAUUAGGGGAGGGGAGCUAUCAUCUGGAAAACAAUUUCAUUUCAUCUGGAAAUCACAGUGAAAUAUUUUGGAUAUAUGAAAUCCUUGAGCUAUUGUAACGCUGUUUUAUGGCAACAAUGUAAGAUAUGCCAGAUGUGUAUCAAUUGGAAAUUAAAAUUGAAGAAAAUAAAAUAUGCAAAGCA